CCUAGGUGAAAGCACCCGGGGCGACACGAACGAGAACAACAGAAAAGAAGGACACCGCCUGAAACAGAACUUGAACUGACAAAAUAAGUCAUGAUGGCGCCUUCCGCUUCCAAAAGGAGAAUGCCGAGGUUGUUCUUGCGUUCACCUUCAUUCCUCGUCGCCCGGCCGUUCACAACGUUGGCGGUUUCGGCGCUGUUGGUGAUGUUCAACUUUCACCGUGGCGUGACUGCUGUAACUAACGCAAAGACCGAGAAGUCUCCUGGCGGCGUGCUAGACUCAACAGCACCAGCAACAGCAGCAGCUCCGUCAUCGAACGUAGAGGUGGAAGACGUCCACGACGAGGAACUACACCCGGAUCAUGAAUUAUACCACCGCCAUUUCCACCCCCCGGUGGACCCGUUGCCCGGCGCUACAAAGGGAAGCAAAGUAAACGUGGAGAUAGAAGCUGCCACUGCUGGUGGAGGGUCUACAGGGUCUACACGACCGGAGAAGAAACAUGUUCCAAACGGUAGAACUGCAACGAAAAAAAAGCAUAAAAAUCCCGACGACGACAUUAUUCCGGCACGAGUCUUCGGCCCCGAACAGGAAAUCGACGAGGAGAUCGAGAAUUUUGAAAGCGUCAAUAGCAUGACAAAAAGUAGUACGAAGUCGAAGAAGUCGGCCGCUACGGUCGUUGUGUCGCCGUCGUCUAAGAGGCAGACCGAGGAGCGGCAAGGACAGUCAACAACAAAGCAGGAGCAACAGCAAAGCAAGUCCGUGAAGACUAAGAAGUCUGAUGUUGAAGAACUACUACAUCAAGAUCCAGCCGCCUCCAGCAGCCUAGAAUUGAAGCAGAAAACGCCGAUGCUCCGCCGGGAGAAGUUCAAGCAAGGCCCCUCCAGCGACUCCUCUGUCAAUUCCGACACGGCUUUGCGCCUGGCCAUCCUCCAUACCGCGGACACCUACAACAUGGAUCCCGGUCCGGUGGCCCACGUGCAGCGCGCCUUCUACCUCGGAGAGGACGCGUCUUCCGUGUUAGCGGAACUUUCUGGUUCGUCCCACGGCGGCAGCCUCGCUUCGGACCUGCACGGCCAGAUUUUCGACCACUGCAAGGGCCGGAUCCGGGGCGUCACCUGUUUCCCGGGGAUCCUGCAGAAGAUCGGGAUGCAAGAGAUCGACUUGACCACAAAGGAGGGGCGCGACGAGAUGAUGGAAGCGGGGGUUUUUUCCUUCGGGUGCAGCAACGACUACGCCAGUGGAGCUUUCACGGGCACGAAUUUUGCCAGCGCGAAGACGCUACAAGACGAGCAAUCGGUGAAGCGGAUGCACCGAAGGACCCCGAUGGGGGGCCUCUACGAAAUCCGCAAAGCGUUUCUCCGCUACCGACAGUACUUCGAACAAUUACCGGGUUUUGAAGUGCUCGCCUUGGGCGGCGGCGGGUUUUUGGACAACGGGGUGGUUUCUAGUGCCGACUCCGGUCGCUCGAUGAUCCAGCUGUGGAACAGUGCGAAACUUGACGCCACCCUGAUCGUACCGGAGUCCGACGCGAUUGCGCGAGCAGACGGGUGUGAGACGGAUGUCUCCUGUGAUUCCACUCUGCAACGGAUGCGGGAAUCGAACUUCGCCUACGUGCACACCCUGUUUGACCACAAUAUGGCGUUCUCAACUGUUACAUUCUCAACUGUUACAUGAUUUGUCAUGCAAAUUUACCACCAAGAUCGCCACGCUUAGGCUGCUUCGCAUGGCAAAUAUCCGAAGGGCUAAACAGCAUGUAAAUCUGUGUCAAAUCUGUAAUGCAAAAGGCGCAAUCUUGUUCCUUCCACUUUCGCCGUUCUUGCCUUACAAAUUAAUGUAACAGUUGAGAAUGUAACAUUUGAGAACGCCAUACACAAGAUCGGGGACCAGGCCUACGCCGCGGACCUGCGCUGGCGGUUGAAACACAUCGAAGCGAAGGAUGUGAAUUUGAACAUUUGGGGCACCAACGCCACGAAUCUCGCUGCCAGGAAACGAGUAUCGUCGAACGUGUUGGUGAAGGCCGUGGAGCGGUACCCGACCCAAUCUUUACGGAUGACCAGCCGGGCGAUUCCAACCGGGGAGAAACGGGGGUUUUACGAGACGGAAAGCAAAAACACGAUGUUGAAAACAGGAAGUACAAAUGAUUACGACAGCAAUAGUUACCCAGCCGCAAGCACACCUUCUAACCUGCUGAACUUCAACCCGUUUGAGGAUGUUCACCAGGAACAACACGCUGUGACCACUGGCAGUGGUAACAGCAAGAGCGCGAAGAUGUUGACAUCAAGCACUGGUCGUGGUUCAGGAACAAUAGACGCGAUAAACGACCCAGCAGCAGCAGAGAAGACCGCGCAGCGGCCUUUGGUGGAUCAAGGCCGUGAUGGGGCUCUUGAUAUCGAGGACGUCGAAGACGACUCCUCGGCUACUGGAAGAUCAUCGUCCGGAGGUGCUGCGUUUUCCUCUUCUUCAAGUCCUCUGGGCACAAGCACAACGACCAAAAAUAGGCUGUCCGAUGUCCUCGAUCCCGAUGACCCGGAAGAUGUCUCAGACAAUGCCAAUGCGGAAGUUUUAGAAUCUUCUUCCAACGUGCGGGAUGAAUUUGUCGGAAAAGCCUGUGUGUUUCCCUACAAUGAUCGGGAGAUGCGAGAGCGGAACACACUGGAAUUUGAUCCGCCACUGUCCGCGUCCUUGUCUUUUCACCCGGACCCGCUUCGGGAGCUGAAGAGGCUGCUGCAAAACUACAACUUGGCGGGGCACUACGGCUCGGCCUACGAUGACGCUUCGUCGCAUAGCAAUCAGAGAGAACAAACUAUCGUGAGAAAAAAGUGUUACAGUUACACAUUGUGUUGCAGGAGCCGCAAGACACACAACCGUUGUCAUGCAAGAAUUGCUUGCGAACUUCAUUUCGAUUUCGUACGCGUUUUCCCUUAGGAUCUCUGCAUUGCAAGUUUUCUGUGCAGCCACACAGAGUAAAUUUGUGUUGCUGCAGUUACAACACAUGUGUUACGGUAAGUAUACACUUUUUUCUUGUGAUACGAACAGGCGACGCGGCGACUUCUUCCGCAAACCAAACGGAUAGUACUAUCCUGAGGAAAAACGUCCCCACCCCAGAGUUGUCAUGCAGAUUUGCCACGACAGGAACAUUUUUGAUGCGCAUCCCCAUGACAGGCAUUUUCAAUCGUAUUUGAAAAUUUGUAAUGCCGUAAACACGAUGAGAAGACGGCUUUCUCAUGCAGCUUCCCUUGCCAACCAGCACUACACUGCAGAGGGAAACUUGUCAUGCACUGCUCCGAAAGCUUAGAGAUUUGUGUUGCUAGAUUCCCAACUUGACUAUGGGGUGGGGACGUUUUUACUCAGGAUAAGUACAUCGGCGGCGAAUUUCCGGUCCGCCGCGGCGGACGACAAGCGCCGGGUGGGGCACUGCGCGGCGGUGAUCAUUUUGACAAGCCAGUCGAUCGAAGCGGACCUGUUGCUCUGGGCUUCAUUAUAUCAAAUGCAGAUAUGUCUGGGUCUGGAAAGAAAAAGAAUGGGACUUGUGAUGCUAGCUGUCGAUCACACAAAAAUCUGUGUUGCAAGAGAGGCAAAAGACACUCAGACUAUUGCCACCCGGAGAGAGCAUUUCUCAUGCACUUUAGGCAUGAGCAAACCUGUGAUGCUAGAGCAUGCAUCAGAUGCAAUGGGAGCCAUGUGCAAUUUGCAUGACAAACUCCCCAAGUCUUCCAGACCCAGACACAUAUGCACUGGAUACAUUAACCAGCAGCGGGUACCGGGUGGACCAGAUCCUCGGAGCGGGCAUGUCGGUGCCAGUUUUGCUAAAGCUCCCCUACUAUGAAAUGCAAAAGCAUCGUACUAGUAUGAAUUGCAAUACAAAUUUCCUCAGCAUGAGAAAUAGAAUUUGUAAUGCGGAUUUAACUUGAGAAAAGAACUUGUAAUGCAUGGUUGCGAUUACUACGACUACGAUACUUUUGCACAGGAUACCUACACGCUCGCGCAACAGAGCCGAACGGCGAGUCGCAUGACCGCCGCCUUUGCCGACACCAGCGAGGAGGAGCGGUUCACCAUCCUCUGGCGGCCGGGCCCGCAGGCGGUCGGUGUCUUCACUUGGAACAUGAACGAAGCGCAACCGGAAGCCGCCAAGAUGGUAUUCCUCCCCGAGGGCGGCUGCGACGGCUCGCUGAAUUUUUUUGGGAAUCAAGAGAACACGGGAACCAGCGGGGCGUCUUCUACACUACUUCGUUCCGCAACGCUGGCGGAAGAGUACCCGCCAGUCUCCCCCGCCGAUGAGGCAAACAUCAAGAUCACGAACCUGCUAUCCUGUGCAAAAGUAUCGUACUCGUAUUGCAAUCAUGCAUUACAAAUCUUUUUCUUGAGGUAAAUCCGCACUACAAAUGUUAUUUCUCAUGCUGAGGAAGUUUGUAAUGCAUUUAUACGAGUACGAUACUUUUGCACUGCAUAUCUGCAGGGCGAGGAUACCGACUUCACAGUGGCGGACCUCCGCACCUGGGAACUGCCCAUCCGCUGUAUCAAAAUGAAAAAUCCCCCCUCGUCCCCAUACUCAAAGGGAAAUUUGUGUAGCAUGACUUGGGAUAACAAAUCACGCUGUCAUGCUAGAAGGGAAGUAGAGAUCGAUGUACACACUGUUGUAGUGCUGGCUGGCGUAGGAAAGCCUUGCGCCUUUAGCAUGACAGAAAGCAACUGGAAGCGGGAUGAAACAGCACGGCAAAUUGCCUGCAAACGAAAUAAGUAAGAGCAACUGCGCUUCUUGGCCUUCUAGCAAUACAAGUCGACUUGUGUACUCAAAUCCAGCAACACAAGUUUCGUCUUGGAUAUGGGGAGGGGGGAUGUUUCCUCACAAUGCGCUGGUUUGGCCUGGUGGAUUUGUACAACAUCGGGCACUGGGAAACGCACUACAUGAACUUCAUGACGGACGCGGCUCGCGAGGGCAUGCAGGCAGACGUGGCGUUUUUCUUCCCGGGCAAGGACAUUCCCAAUCUGUUUGGGUGGGUUCCCGAGGAGGAGGACCUGUACUCGGACGGUCUGAAUUGCCGGGGGGAAAUCGCGGGCUACGCGAGCGUAUCAACUGCAAAUAUGUCUGGGUCUAGAAGAUUGCAACUUGUGAUGCUGUCUUUGGAUGCAGAUGCCAAUAGAAAUUUUCAAUGCAUGACCAGCAAGAGGAGACCAGUCUGUGCUACGCGGAGAGGGCCGCGUUUGUCAUGCGGAACAGGCAACAGCAAGCCCGAAAAAAAUCUGUGAUGCUGGGUGAUGCGUUACAGGCAUCAUGGAUCAUGCAGAAUAUGCAUGACCAAAAACCUUGCAUCCUUCCAGACCCAGACAUAUUUGCAAAUCAUAGACCCUUCAGGGAAUUCGGGACAUGCAGGCAGCGGACGACCCUGAGUCGGUUGACUACAAUAACUUCGCGAAUCCCGGCGGGAGAGCCGCGAGCGACAGAAAUGACGGAGGUCUACUUAAUACCGGUGGACAAAACUCCUACUUCCCUGGUUCGUCAGCCGGCGGAGGUGCAAGUGGUAUUAGUAGUUCCUCGGAUCUUUCAUCCUCCCUUCCGAACUGCAAAGACUUGAAACGCCAGCCGAAAAAAAUCAACGCGAAGGACUUGUACGACCAAUUUGACUAUCAAGUGCAAAUAUGUCUGGGUCUGGAAGAAUGCAGAGUUUGUCAUGCGUGACCAGCAUGACUCUCAAGUCUGUCAUGCGUGUUCGGCAAGCAUCCCAGAUUUCUGUCAUGCGGAAACGCAGUUUGCCAUGCAGAACAGGCAACACCUAGCAGCUCAAGAACUUGUCAUGCGUGGCCACCAAUUGGGACGGCCUCAAGAUUGUCGAGCUAGCAUCACAAGUUUCCAGACCCAGACAUAAGUAUUUGCAUUUGAUAUUGACAGUAAGAAACUGGACAUCGUGCGCGUCUCCGCCGUAGAACUGAUCGCUUUGACCCUAGAGAAGCUCUCGGAGUCCGACUCGAGCAGCAUGGGCCAGAAGCAGUUCCGGUCACUGCACGUCCAGUCCGGGAUAUCCUGGGCAAAAGUAUCGUACUCGUAUUCUUGCAAUCAUGCACUACAAAUCUUUUUCUUAUAGGUAAAUCAGCAUUACUCUCAUGCUGAGAAAUUUGUAAUGCAUUUAUACGAGUAGGAUAGUACUUUUGCAAUUCAUACGGGAUCGAGGUCACCUACUGCGGGGAUAAUUUCGGGCGACCCGGGUGCGACCACAACAUGGACAUGUGCGAAAAGUGCGACGAGAGUCUGAAGGAGGAAACCGAAACCGAUUACCUGGAUCGCGAAGACAUGUACGCGUCGGAAGAAGAAAAAGCGAUGUGUAUCAAAAGGAAAAAUCCCCCCUCCCCAUAUCGAAAAGGCACGCCUCAGAGAAUUUGUCAUGCUGAUUUGUUACCACAAAUCGCGUCUGUCUUGCAAGAAAGCAACGGCAUAGGUUCCGCCCCAGUAUACAGGCGGUUUGCCAUGCUGUUCGGCCUACAGCAUACGCGUCCCUCAUGCCAAGUGCCUAGGCCAGAACCUCUCUACAUGGGCACGAUAUGGGCCUGCGGUCCUCUACUGCAAGACAGAUCUGAUGCGUGUACGCAAAUCCAGCAUCCGAGAUUUCGUUUUGAUGCGGGGGGAUUUUUCAUUGUGAUAAUGUGGGCAGCGGAGAUGAGUUCGAAGGUGUUGAAGAUCUCGAAGAUGCUAUGCAAGAAAAAAACUGUGUAAGUGUAAAUUUGUGUUGCAGAAGACAAGAUGCAACAGAGUUACACCUGUCAUGCCAGACAGCCAUGAAGUCCUCCUUUCAUGUGUGUUUUCCCAUACAAACCAUGCAUGAUAGGUUUUCUCUGUCAUGUAGAGCAAAUUUGUGAUGCUGCCAGCCAAGGAAAGUUACACUAACACAGUUUUUUUCUUGGAUAGAUGCUGCAAACGGAGGAGAUGACGAGUGGGGAACAGGACAAUGCUGCUGACAUCGGACGAGGUCCAAGGAACAGGAAUAUGAAACAAUCUUCCGCCUCUACGAACGAUCGCGUUCACCAAGACUUGAGAGACUUCAGACCAACGGACAGGCCUGUGGCGCAGCAGGUCGUAGCGAGCGCGCAGCUCCAUCCCGGCGGCGGCGCGCAAAACGCUCCGUCGCAGAGGACAUUAGACGACAGCUACGACCACGAUGUGUACGAGGAUCAUAAUCCCUACGAGGAGCCGUUAGCGGACAAUCUUUUUUACGACUCCGAGAGGCACGAAGCGCACUUGUCGGCGUCGGAGGUAGGCAGAGCAGGGCUGCAAAAUGAGGACGCUCCGGUGACGGGCACAACGAGUACAACCGGUGAAAAGAUAGACAAGGCGGAAUACGACCGCUUUCACCAUGAGGUCCGCGGCGUGAAACGGAUUGUGUUCGUGGGCGGCCAGCACAUCCGGGGCACGCGGCACUACCGGCGGAAGACCAUGAACGCGUGCCAGGACUGGGCGACAAAGUGGGAAACGACGUUUCUGCGGGGGAAUUUCAAGAGCGGGAAGCGGUUUUGCCCCCUCUGCGGGGACACUUCGAAAAGCUUUACCACGGUGGACGAUUUGAAUGAGUUGGUGGACCAAGUGUGCGGGUUUUUCGAGGUGAGAUUGAUCCUGUGGGACCAGCGGAGAGGGGUGUUACCCGAUGUCACGGAGUUUCUCCGGAGGCACCAGAACGUGCGGCUCCGGAAAUUCGCGGAUCGCAUCCAGUACAUGAAUCUGUUCUCCCUGGCAAUCACGAAUAGCAUGAACGAGGUGGUCCGGUUGUUCAUCAAAAAAGUUUUUCUGGAACAUGCCUACGACGUUCCGUUGCAGCAACUCGGAGAAGCGGCUGCUGAUCCCGCGGUGAAGGAGUUUCUGUAUUCGCAGCAGGAGUGGGUCUCUACUCUACGCUUUUCAAAUGCCUGCCGUGGCUGGGGUAGUAGUAGUAGUGGUACUUCUCCUAUUGUGAGGAAAAAUCCCACCUCCAUAUCGAAAGCGGAAUUUGUGUUGCUGUAUUUGAGUACACAAAUCACAUCUGUCUUGCUAGAGAGGACUGCAGACCCAUAUCAAGCCUGAGCAGAGAUGCUUUGACUUAGGCGCUUAGCAUGAGAAGCGUCCGUGAUGUUGGCUCAACAGCAUGACAAACCGCCUCUAUAAUGGGACGGAAGCUGCUGCCCUUGUCUUCUUGCAACACAAACGUGAUUUGUGACCUCAAAUCAGCAACACAAAUUUUCGAAAACCUACCUCUUCAAUAUGGGGAGGGGGGAUUUUUCCUUGCGAUAUCUCCUGCAGCCUCUUACACGACGAGCUCCAAAAAAGCCGUGGACCAAAGCGAUAAGCUCCUGAACACCGAGGCUGACGAGUUCGCGCGGCGCCUUAGGGCGGGUGUGGAUAGUACUUCUAGAGACCACAACCAAGGGAACAGCGGCAGCAGCGCAGGAUCUCCUUCAAAAGUGACGCUUGGCGAUUUAUCCGCCCAAAACGCGCAGCUGCUGCUUAUGGCGUUCUCAACUGUUACAUUAUCAGCCGUUACGUGGAUAAUUUUUGAUGCAAGAAAAAGAAUCGCAAGAAAAGUGAAAGGGGCGCCCUUGCGCGUCUUGCAUGACAGAUUUGGCACAGAGUCUCAGCCUUCUUUGGCUCUUCGAGAAUCUGUCAUGCGAAGCAGCUUGAUCGCGUCGAUUCUGAUAUGUAUUUUUGCAUGACAAAUCAUGUAACAGCUGAGAAUUUAACAUUUGAGAACGCCAUACUGCUUCGCGCCCAGCAGUUCAAUCCCGAGCAACUGAGCCACGUCUGCAAGAAAUUCGCGUUUCUGCAGCAACAGCAGCGCAGACGAGCAUUGCUGUACGAACUGCGGGCAAAAUUGAACGAGGAGCUCGCACUCUACUCCGCACUGCUUGCGUCCGUGGACUUGGGGCCGGACGUCGUGCAAAUGUUCCCCCGGUGGCUUCCCUCCUGGCCGCGGGACGCGACGGUGCGAGCCCGAUCGAUGCCGGAGGUCUUGGUGAAAUUCUUCGCGCCCGUGCAGACCCAGAUCGUGGCGAGCGAUGACCUUCCCUGGAACCCCGACGCGCUGCGGUAUCCAAAUCUCCGAGCCAAAAUCGGGCGCGCCCACAUUCAGGAACUACUCCUGCAGGAGCAGGAGGGAGCAGCAGGAGGGCAAGCAGGAGCAGCAGCGAGCUCGUUCCUGCAAGAAAAAGCGGUGGGGAGCUACAACGUCGCACAACCGCCGCCCGGCUUUUCUGCCGGCAUGGAAGAACAGAAUUCCGAACAACUCGGGGCCCGCGUGCCCGCGCCUGAGCCCGACAUUUACCCGUUGAGAAGCCGCGAGAGCAGCGUGGCUUCGAUUUUGCAGGACGACCUGGAGCAGAUCACCUUUGCGUUCUCGCUUCUGUCCGCCGAGGUGAAGAUAUGAAAGUGCACAACUCCCCCUCCCCCUCACUUGUAUUGCUUUGCAUGACAAAUGAGGGGGAGGGGGAGUUGUGCACUGUCAUAGAAGAGUCUCGCGCUCGACAAGUUCACGGCGCAAAUUGAGUACCUGCGGAAGGUGGCUCUGAAAAAGCCGCAAAAAUUCAACCAGGAAGCGAUUAAGGACUGGACCAGCUGGAUCUGCCCAGAACAUGACUACUACGAUGGGAGGACGAGUGGGCAACGGGCAGCUCCUGGGGUUCGUGCGAGAGCAGGACAAGGAGGGACAAAAUCUACUUCCACCGGUGGGGCAGCUGGUGCGCGAGGUGAACCAAGCACCGGCCAGGGGCAACACAGUGGACUCUACCAACUGCAAACGGAACCAGUCCUGCAGAUUGACGACUUCGUUUUUUGCACCGGGUGGCGCAGAUUCGACGAAAAUGAUCAAAACUUCGAAUACAAGAACGCGUACGAUAGAGAAAGCAUGAAGAAAGCAGCUUCAUCAACAACAUCACUGUCCUCUGCAAGUAGCCCAGUGAAGGUUAAGGAGCACGCGAGCGUGUAUCUCGCGCGGCACAUGUCCUCCAUUCUGGACAUGGCGAAUCGGCUCUUUGAGGAGAGAAACGCGGACGUGGCGAGCGGCGGCGCUGCGAGUGAUAUGAACUCCGCUGUGAAAAACGAUCAGGCGAUCUUCGAAAAGUUGGAGAAGAACGCCCUGCAGAUGCUGGAGUCCCUCGGGAGACAAACCACGGUGAAUCCGGAGAACCAGGCGUUUCGGUACCGGUGGCGGCCUAUGAACUGCAAAAGUAUCGUACUCGUAUAAAUGCAUGACAAAUUCCCUCAGCAUGAGAGAUAAAAUUUGUAAUGCGGAUUUCCAUUGAGAAAAAAAAAAUGCAUGACUGCAAUACGAGUACGAUAAUACUUUUGCACAGGAUACGGCCGGUCGACGCCAGCCGGUGGUUCUUUCACCAGUGGAGCAGCGGCGCCUGGUAUGGGAAGAAAAAAGUGUUACAGUUGCACAUUGUGUUGCAAGCCAUGCAAGACAGACGCGUUCUGUCAUGCCGGAUAAGCAACGAGCUUCGUUUCAUAGGUGUUUUCCCUUAGAGUUUCUGCAUUGCAAGUUUUCUCUCUCAGGAAUUUGUGUUGCUGAAUUGACUUACAAAUGUGUAACUGUAACACUUUUUUCGUGGGAUACCUGGCUGACGCACACCUUGUACGACGGUAGCCACAAGGUCGCGGAUAUCCAAGAAAAAAAAGAUAUUAUGUAGGUGUACUACCUUUUUUGGCGGAACAGCAUUGAUACACAAAUCUGUUUGGCAUGACUGCAAAAUAAACCUGUCAUGCGCAGCUUGUACGUGAAAACGCGCUGGAAUGCUGGGCUCUACAUUUAUGGAUGUUGACCAGCAUGACAGACGCAAUUAUGUUGCAUGUUGCGCAUCACAAAUUGAAAGCUACGCCUACAAUCCUUUUUGCUGGAUAGUGGACUACGAAGAGGUAAACGAGCGGCGGGAGGACCGGAUGAUCGUCUUGGCGCUGGUGUUUCUCCUGUUCGGCAUUCUGCUGAUGAUUGCCGCGACAAGAAAUAUUAACAUCGUGCGGGACCCGGAUUCCCUCGGAGUGCUCACGGAGGACCCGGGCGGGGUCUUCCAACAGCUUAUGUCCAAUUUUGUCACGAACAUUGUCACCCUGAUAUUACAAUGAAAAAUGCCCUGCCCGCCCCAGAACUUGGGAUUAUCUGUAUAUGCAAACCUUUCCAAAUGAAACACUCGCCCUCUUGCAUCUAUCAGCAUCACAGAUUUUCAAUUGUGAAUAGCAAAAAUCAGUAUUGCAAAAAAUCCCAGCUGCAAGAGCGGUGCUUGUCAUGCAAGCGAUGUAAUAUACCUCUAGACUCUGCAUCAGAAAGACUCAUAGUCCUUUUAUGCAUGACAAAAAGUUUUCAUUUGGAAACUUCUUCGCAUCACAAGUUAUUGCAUCUUUGGGGGUGGGGGCAUUUUUCCUUGCAAUACCUGAUGCCCGCUGACACGCACAAGGAUGACAUGGACUUCAUCGAGCAUGGCCACCUCUCGGACAUUGAAAUUCAGGGCUACAAUUCAAAUUCCUCUGGCGGCAUCACCAGUACGUUGUCUGAGCCGAUGAGUGACACCUCCGGUCGUGGUGCACCCGCUGCUGGUGGAACAGCGACCUCGUCCUCGAACAAGCAGGGAAGUAGUAGAAACGAGCGCUCUCAACAGAACACGCAAAACAAGAACUCUCUGAGCACGAAAAGUUCAUCUCGGAAGCAACUGUCCAUGCGGGCGUUGGAAAGUAAGAAAAAGAACUACCAUAUCAAAAUGAAAAAUCACCCCUCCCCAUAUCAAAAAGGAAAUCUGUGAUGCGGGAUUUGUGUACACAAAUCACAUUUGUCUUGCAGGAAAGCAUUGCGCGCAGAUCGCAAGCCUCAGGGGAGGCCUUUUGGUGUAGAGGUCUAGCAUGGCAGACGUCUACCCUGUUGUAGGCCUUGCAGCAUUACAAACCGCCGGCAUAUCGUGGCGGACUCUCUGGGUUUGCCUUCUGGCAAGACAGACAGGAUCACAAAUCUGCAUCACAAAUUUUCGGAAGGACAUGCUUCCAAGAUGGGGAGGGGGGAUUUUUCCUCGCGAUAUAUCAAGCGCAAACGAAAGACGCGGGAGCCGCAGCACAGCAGAAAGCGGACGACCGUGGGGACGAAGGAGAAGUGCUGGACGUCGGUGCAGAAGAUGGCAGGAUUUUUAGGAAUUAUGAGACCUCGUCCGCGGGUGCAAAAAUAUUAAACGGAAACAACAAGAAAGUCCUAAACAGAGCAGGACGAGAGGGGAGCAGCGGUAGUCUUUUAAGAAGAGAUAAUGGUCCUAGUGUUGCUAGCCGCGGAGCUAGCAUAUCAACUGUAAAUAAAGUGUCUGGGUCCUCUGGAAGUAGAUUCUGACACUUGUCAUGCACGUUUUGCAUGAGCCAUGAUGUCGGUGAUGCAUACACUAGCAAUACAGAUUUUUGAGGGCUUCUUGAUGCCUAUUCCGCAUGACAAAUGCCUUCUCAAGGUAGGACGUGGAACGUGUGUCCACCUAGGGGUAUUGGCAGAGGCUAAAUCUGUUCUAACGCCACGGUAUUGGCAGAGGCUAAAUCUGUUCUAACGCCGCCCUGACAGGAGUCAAAGGUCAAAGCGAUACGAUACGAAGGUAGCAAAAAAUGCAUUCCCUUUGGUACUCAUGCAAUACAGAUUUUUUUUGGAAUCCAAAUGGAUGCAGCAUCACAAGUUGCAUUCUUCCAGACCCAGACAUUUUUACAUUUGAUAGAGCAGUGUAGACGAUCCGCGUGGAACCGAAAUUUCGAAGGCCUCGAUCAUAUCCGCGGAUGGAGACAAGGAGCGGCUAGGCAUUCUGCGUGGGCCUUCUGAUCGUAAUCUACCUACAGUCACGAGUGAUGGCACAGCUGCAGCUGCACAACAAGAGCAAACGAAAGUGCGCGGACUGAGCAUCGGCCGACGGACGGCGAUGAGUCGGGCGGAGAAAAGCCGGCAGACCUCCGCUUCGAAUGAGGAAGAAGAAGAAAUAUUGAACGAGGGUGAUGUUCAUCUUGACAGCGAAAUAACAAACCAAAAGGCGCAAACAAACCCCGGGGCGCCACCAGGCGGCGGUGGUGCCGCGAUAUUGUGAGGAAAAAUCUCUCCUCCCCAUAUUGCAAGCGCGUCCAUCUGAAAAUUUGCGAUGCAGAUUUGUGAUCACACAUCGCGUCUGUCUUGCAACAAGGCAAGUGCAGGCUGUCCGGGACGUCAUGCAGGCGAUUUGUAAUGCUGUAAGGCCUUGUGUACUCAAAUACAGCAUCACAAAUUUCGUUUUCGAUAUGGGGAGGGGGGAUUUUUUCUUUUGAUACGCGAGCAGCAGUAGUUCCUCGUUUCGCUUUUACCAGGAGGCGGAGGAGCAGACCAGGAAAAACUACGUCUCCAAUAGACCACGAGCACAACAAAGACGAAGUAACGACCUUCAACAACGGAUGGAAAUGAAUAAGCCACCAUGGAACCACCACGACUACGUCGAUGAUCUUGACGAUGACGAUUCUUUCUUCCCUUCGCUGCGUGAUGUCUUCCAGUAUCCUGUGCAAAAGUAUCGUACUCGUAUAAAUCUAAAUGCAAUUCUUGCAUUACUUAAAGUGAAUCAGCAUGGCAAAUUGUAUUUCUCAUGCGGAGAAAAAUGCAUUUAUACGAGUGCGAUACUUUUGCAGUUCAUAUCCAGACUGCACCUGCUCCCGCCGACCGGCACAAAGGAGAACAGCGAAGCAUAAGCGUUGUUGAAGAUGACAACAGGAAAAAGUACAUCCGGUCCAGGUCGCCCCCGAUGGCCGCCGCGAAGAGGUUCUUUCACAUAGGAACGCCGCACGAUCAAGACCAAAGCGGGAUCCAGCUAGAAGACGUGAGGGGAACACGAACAUCAUCAAGCGGAGAUAAAAAAGAUGUUGCACGAAGAGGAUCUACUUCCGCUGCAGCGCUCGUUCCUGGCCGUCAACCAAAAGAACACGAAAAGAACGACAGCUCACAAGAAGAAGAUGACUUGGUGUUUGGACAGGAAUCGGGAAUCCUGUUCAAGAAUGAUCCGCAGGACCGUCAUCAGGACCGCUCUGUUCUCUUCGGGUUGCUGUCACCGAUUCCAAUGGAGAAUUCGCCCGCGGCGGGAGCAGGUGCUGCCAGCGCUUUAGUACAACUUGGGGAUCAUGAUGAAGAUGAUGAUGAUCUUGAGCAGAACAUGAACAGUACGUCGGCCCCUGGGGGUGUUGUGGAAAGAACUGGUGCACCACUAGCGGCUGGAAAUAGAAGAAGCGAACGCGGAGAUGUAGUUGAAGAUCCUGCUGGAAGUUCUGCUCCUAAUGCAGGUGAGCAGCAGCAGGAAAAAAUCUAUGACCCAACGGCACAACCACGUCACACGACGAGGAGAACCAGUAGCAACUACCCUCGGCGGGGCGGGGCCUCCAGGACAAUUUUUCCGAUAUUGAAGAACAGCGGCGAAGAACAUCGGGAGGAGGUGGUGGGCAGCAGCACUUCCAAUCGCUCCGUGCAAUCAGGUUCAGAUGGACGGCCUGGUGGGGGGAGAGGAGAGAUCACGGAUGAAAAUCAAGGAACUAAUAGUAACCGGCACGAAGGAGACGAUCAUAUCGUGUGAGCAGGGUUGUAUGAUUUAUGCUUUUUGUUUUUUGAUUCAUUCAGGAGCAGGACGUCGUGCGGUUUUUUGUUAAAGAAAGAAAAAGCGUUAUAGUAUAUGCACAUGUACAAUUUCGACGCUUAGCUGACCAAGUGAAUCGAUUUUGUUUUUUCAAACCAAAUUGUCACUAUGAUCUUCAUCUUUGUUUUCACCGACAGUACCAAAAUCAAAACCAAAUCUAACGAGAAUGCAGGAGCUGGAAUUGCUUUGAGAAUCAACAGAAAAAUAAUAAAUCUAGUAGACCGCCUCCGCCACAAUAGGCGUGCUGGUCGUAGCUGAGCUAGCUUGCUGAUGUGACAGUACUGCACUCCGACAAAUAUGAUUGAACGCAUCGAUUGACCCAAUAUCGAGCUGCACUUCUAUCCGGCGGGGCGUAUCCUCUCCUGGAAGUAGCUACUCACUUCUUGUUCCAAGAAUUUAGUUCUUGGAACAAGAAGGCAGCUGUUGAGAGGGACUCACUUAGACUUACACUGACAGGAAGAUUGCAGAACUUGAGAAUACAGUUUCCCUGAAGAUGAAGUUUGGCGAGAUUCCGAUGUAACGGAGCACGCCCCCGCAAAGACACAAACCGUCGUGAGGAGGUGGCUUUCAUUCCAAG